CAAAACGCAAGAAGCCAUAAAGAUAAAGACGCAACUGGGCAUUAGCCCAAUUCGCGGAAGCCGCGGACAUCGGCCGCACCUCGUCGUGGGCAAAAAUUAACGACCACCGGGCACCUCGCCGACAGCAUCAUGGAGGAGGUCAACUCAAGCGACGUGGUCGGUGAUCUGGUCAUUGAUGGCGAGACGGAGUAUGAUGACUUGCUCGUCGCCGCGAGAAUCGCACAGGUAAGGAAGGAAGUUUGUGGGGAAAUGCUUGUGUAUCUGCGGAUGGUCUUGAGUGCAGUCAGAGUCUCAUCGUCUGCAGCAGACCGCAGCGCAGGGCACCUUGCAGAAACUGGCACACCUGCUCAGGUUCGCGUGACAACAUAUGGCAGCGUGUACCCCCGCUUGGUCGUUUUGUCCUUCCAGUGAUGUUCGCUGCGUCGACGAUGACCGGGUUGAGGCGGCUCUUUGUCGGCUCGACCAGUGCCCGAUUGAUGCUGAUGAUGACAGUCGCCUGAAUCAACAAGACGCUACAGCUGUACCCCCUCCUCCCAAGCAGUCGAGUCUUCCCGCUGAUAUGGAUACUUGCGAAUCGAUCCACACUUUACGGUUGGGAAGGAGCUUGACGGUGGCGCUGCCGGAAACACGCAGGAGGGACAAUGGUGGCGACGGUGCGAGGAGCGUUGCGGCGUGGAAACGGCUGCGGGAUGUUGUGCACGAGUUUGACUGGACGGUGAGGAAAAGUACUCCGUGCUUCUUCGCUCAGUCAUUUUGAUCCUGCUUACUCGGUUGAAGGAGAAUGAAGACGAUAACAAUGAUCAAGAUCAGCACCCUGCCCGUCGUGCUUCCAGCCAUCUGCCGUUGCCUAGUGAUCGAUGUCGGAUGCAGGAGGACUAUGACAUGGACAUCACCAAAAAGCUGCAGCACAUGGAGUCAACGAUGGAUGACUCGACACCAUCAAGACAUUGGCGCGGCAAACAUCGAUACGAGCCGGCGAUUCGAACCAGCGAGCUCAGCUACCAUCUCAGGCUGCAGACGGUCAAGUUUCCAAUGCCUGUGACUGCACUGCCUCCCCCUCCGGCCGCCCAGAGCGAUGUGGAUAGAUUGACUGGUGACUUGGCCGUGGCCAGUGCGUAUGCCGGUAUGCCACAGUCGUGCUACCGUGUUGUAAUCAUCGGCGAGAUCCAUGCUGUUGUCGACAACAUGGUCAUCGUUCGGGCCAACAAGGUGAGGGAGUACAAUACACAAGUCAUACGACACGAAAUAUCGUUAUUGUUUGUGCUUAAAGGAGAGCCGUGCUUUGGAUCUGGGGUCCUUCCUGUGUCUGGAAGAUCAAACCAUUCUCGGACCCGUACGCAGCAAAUAGACGCACACUUGAGGCCGGAUGUGGACUCUUAGUGCGUUGUGUGAGCAGGUGUCUGACGCGUUCGGUCCUGUGAAUGCCCCAUUUUAUGUCAUAUUCGUGGAGGCACUCAACGAAAGAAGCACGAGAAAAAGACCAGCCGAGUCUUGGCCGACCGAUGAUGUCGAGGUCGCCCUUGCCAAGCUGCGAAAGGUACAACGUUUGUCGCGUGGCCGUCAUAUAUGCAAAUAAAUUUGAUCAUGUCCCUCCUUUCAUUCCAGGGUGCCGGUGUCGGGUGCCUGGAAGCUUAUAGCUCGUACCUCCCUUCCUCGGGACCAGUUGACUCAAGCACAAGUGGUCAAUAAUGUGAAUGCACAGACCCGUAUAUCAGCAGCGAUAAUGUAGUGUUUCUGUACA